AAGUGAAAAAUGGCAAAAGGAGAAGCUCCUAGAAACGUCCCCAUGUCUUCCUUACCUUUCCAGAAACUUCACACACCUACCUAUUAAUUGCCCACAGCAUCCUCUUCCUCUCUUCAAACGCACAACAUUCAGAUUUCAAACAAAUUCUUAAAUCAAAUACAGUGAUUUUCUCUUUCAAAAUUUCCAGAGACAAAACCCAAUUCAUCACCAGAGAAAAAUGGAUUUCAGGCCAAUGACGGGUUUCGACGCCCCGAUCUUCCAUACCCUUCAGCACAUUCUCGACGCCACAGACGAAGCAGACAAGUCCUUCAACGCUCCGACGCGCACAUACGUUCGAGACGCCAAGGCCAUGGCGGCGACACCGGCCGACGUGAAGGAGUACCCAAAUUCGUACGUGUUCGUGGUGGACAUGCCGGGGCUGAAGUCAGGGGAUAUCAAGGUGCAGGUGGAGGACGACAAUGUGCUGUUGAUAAGCGGAGAGAGAAAGAGAGAGGAAGAGAAAGAGGGAGCCAAAUACGUGAGAAUGGAGAGGAGGGUUGGGAAAUUCAUGAGGAAGUUUGUGUUGCCUGAAAAUGCAAAUACUGAGGCCAUCUCCGCGGUUUGUCAGGACGGUGUGCUUACUGUUACGGUUCAGAAGUUGCCUCCUCCACAGCCCAAGAAACCCAAGACCAUUGAGGUCAAGAUUGCUUGAAUCAUUAUCUCAUAUUAGUGUUCUGCUUUGGUAUUUCAUCAGUACUACUAGUAAUAAUUAUUGGUUAUUCUAGGUAUGAAUUGGGUGUAUUUCUUGUAAUUUUGUUUUCUGGCUCUGGAUCAUUUGCUUUCUGAUCAUGAGGAAGUUUGAUGCUUGUUAUAUUAUCAAUUUCAUCAAUGGAAUAUAUGGGUUAUCCAUCUAAA